UGUCACUCGUCCGUUCUGAACAAAUGGUUCCCCUAGGGUUUCUCUUCCCAAUUCCUUAGCCAGAGAUACCUCUCUCUCUCUUUCUCUCUCUCUCUGAAUAUCAGUUUUCUGCAAAACACAACCUUUGGAUGUUUAAUUUUUGUGCCAUUCUUUAAACCCCAUCCCUAAUUGCUCGAAUGCUCUGCUCUCAGUUAUGGUAAUGUGACCAAACUGAGAAAACCACCAAAUUCAAGGGAAAUUUGUGUACUUUUGCGAAGUUUAUAAAAACGGUCUGCUAGUUAGAUGGCAUUCCGAAGAAAUGGAGAUAUAUUAGAGAUGGAACCUGAUCCCGCUACUUGGACUACCUUGGAGGAGAAAAUCUUUAUUCAGUUAAUGGUAAAAGAGGGUCAAAAAGGAAAUAGAUCCUCAACCACCUUUUCAAGGAAAGGUUGGAAACAUAUUGAACAAGAGUUCUGUCAGAAAACUAAAAAGAGGUACAACAACUGUCAAUUUAGAAAUAAGUUUAACCAGUUGAGGACCCGUUAUCAUGAUUUUAGCAAGCUGUUGAAAGAACCCGGGUUUACUUGGGACCCUGUGCUCAACAAUGCAACUGCAACUGAUGCUGUAUGGGAAUCAUAUAUAAAGGCAAAUAAGAAUGCGAAGAGAUUCCGGAAAAAGGGGUGUCCCAUGUUUAGUGAAUUGGGAUUCAUAUUUGGUUACCCAAUGGCAAAAUGCAAAGAUGUGUUCCCUUUAGCUCAGUAUCCUUUAUUUAGUGAAGACAAAUUGGAGUCAGAAGAUGAAUCAACAAAUGCUACUCCAACUGCUUUCCAAAGUGACAGUAGUGGUGAUAAAGAUUGUCCAGUGCAAAGUACUGGAUGCCAAUGGCAACGAUCUCCAACUCCAACAAGCAAUCUUCGAGGGAAGAGGGAGGCAAGGACCGUAGUGAUGGGAGAGGCUUUGAAUGAAUGGACUGAAGCCACAGUCCCCUCAGGGACAUCCAAGAAAAGAUCUGCUGAAGAUACAAAUGUGAAGACACCAACCUUGCACAAACCCAAGGCAUCCCCCCAUUCUAGUGCAUUCUCAAUUACCAAUUGUGUUAAAUGUUUAGAGUCAAUUGAAGGUGUGGAUGCAAGUACCUAUCUAAAGGCACUUAAGAUGUUUAAGGACGUAGAUUGGAGGGAGAUGUUUAUGGCAAUGUCGGCGGAAAGAAGAAUAGUUUGGCUGGGUAGCUUAGAAUGAUUGCUUGAGAUCUUUAUGUUUGUACAAUAUAUGUUACCAAUAGGUACUUCUAUAGUUGAUGCAUCACUAGCCUUCUCGGCUUGGUAAAUUUAUUGUAGAUUGGAUGGAAACAUGUUUUGAGACGUUCGAUCUUUCAUAGGUGGUCAUUGAAAUCUGUGAUCGCAUUGGGAAGG